AUGGGUGUUUAUACAGAUAGUGGAUUACAAUCAUUUCUUAUCAUAAGAUAUAAUUGGCCUGCGAAAAAGCUUUUUAAGCGUCUUUUGCAAUUGGGUGCUCAGAGCAUACUUCCACGCGGGGAUGGAGAUGAUCAACAUUAUCUUGGAUUUCGUGUCGAAUUUGUUGGUCAGAAAUUUGAAGAAAACAAAGAAAAAAUUAAUAAUGGUGAAAUUUAUGCACUAUUGGUUAAUAACAAGCGUGUAACAUCGCAUGAUCAUUUCCAAGACGUUCGUCAUAUAGAAUUAGAUAUCGGUGAUACUGAACAUAAAUACAAUCCUGGUGAUGUUGCUGUCAUCCGUCCAAAAAACUUGCCGGAAGAUGUGGAUGAAUUUAUCAAGUUGAUGAAUUUAUCAGAUGUAGCAGAUGAUACUUUUAUUCUUGUGCCAAAUGAUGAAGGUUGUUCAAUAAAUUUGGAUAUUAGCAUACGUCUUUAG